UCACGUCUGUUGCAUGCUGCUGCGUAGUUUUUUGCAGAAAAAAAAGCCCUCAGUGCCUCCGAGGAAGCGAGGAGGAGCGGAGAGAGAGUAACGGAGAACACGAAGCGGGGUUUGGGUGUGAAAAGGAGCAGAUAACCGCCCGGUUCAGAGGAGAGCCAGGUAUGUUUUUCCGUUUCCAAGGACUGCCUUUGCUGAUGUCACCGCGGAGGAGGGCAGGAGAGAGAGACAGGUGCGCACAAAGUUGACUCUCCGGGAGCGAAGAGCUGUCACUGAGCGGGGAAUAACGCAAAAAGAGCUUUCUGGGAAUCAGCGUUUGAAGUUUUAAGAAGUUUUCUUCUUUCCUUGGCAGUGUUAUCAAUUUGGCUGGCAUUUUCUGAAGACUGAAGUGGGAUAUUUACGCGCGUUUGGAGCUGACAGUCUCUCCCUUGCGCACGAUCUGUACGGCUCACAGGAUCCGUCCUACUCUCCGUAACAUCGUGGUCUAAACUGUGCGGGAAGCUGCUGCUGUUUUCUCUAAGUGCACGUUACUGUGAACUGGGGUGUGGGAUCUUGACGCCCCAGCAUCAGGAACAGCACUUUCCGCUUCAAUGCGACACUGACGCAGCUGAUCUCGCAUCCCAGUCCAAGACAGGUGAUGCUCAAGUAAAUUCAAUGGAAGGAUCGAUCGCCAAUAUUGGGAUUUAAAGAAAUAAACACUGUGGGAUGGAAUACAACACAAGAAAUCUUUAAUCUGCGAUGAUUUUUCCAUGCGUCAUUGAGGAUCAGAUCUUGCAUUGAAGGACAAUCCCUCCAGGUUUCACAAGAGCAACCAACAAUGUCCAAGACACUGAAGAAGAAGAAGCACUGGUCCACUAAAGUGCAGGAGUGCACCCUGUCAUGGGGGGGAUCCGGGGAGUUGGUCACGGUGGUGGAGGUGCGAGGCGGCGCAGAGCUGGGAGAGUUCCCCCACCUCGGACACAUAGUUUCGGAGGCGUUGGUUUGUCACGCCGGGAGGUUUCCCUGCAGCGGGGACGUGCUGCUGGAGGUGAACGGCACUCCGGUGAGCGGACUCACCAACCGAGACACACUGGCUGUCAUCCGCCACUUUCGGGAACCCAUCCGCCUCAAGACUGUGAAACCAGGUAAGGUGUUGAACACUGAUUUGCGUCACUACCUCAGCCUGCAGUUUCAGAAGGGCUCCCUGGACCAUAAGCUCCAGCAGGUGAUCAGAGACAACCUGUACCUGCGCACCAUUCCCUGUACCACUCGACAGCCCAGAGAGGGGGAAGUUCCUGGAGUGGACUACAAUUUCAUCAGCGUGGGGGAGUUUCGUGACCUGGAAGAAAGUGGACUGUUGCUGGAGAGUGGCACCUAUGACGGAAACUACUAUGGGACCCCUAAACCUCCUGCAGAGCCGAGCCCAGUGCAGCCAGACUUGGUGGACCAGGUCCUGUUUGAUGAGGAAUUCGACACGGAGGUCCAGCGAAAACGCACAACCUCCGUUAGUAAGAUGGACAGAAAGGACAGCGCCGCACCAGAGGAGGAAGAGGAAGAUGAGAGGCCUCCCAUGGUCAACGGCCUGGCUGAGCACAAGGACAAGGCGGAGUGGAGGAAGACGGUGCCCAGCUACAACCAGUCCGCCGGGACGAUGGACAUGCGUGUGUGGAACACACAGGAUGAGAGUCAGGAGCCUUUGCCUAAAAACUGGGAGAUGGCCUACACAGAAACCGGCAUGGUGUAUUUCAUAGAUCACAACAGCAAGACGACAACCUGGCUGGACCCCCGGCUUGCGAAGAAGGCGAAGCCACCUGAGAAAUGCGAGGAAGGAGAGCUGCCCUACGGCUGGGAGAAGAUUGAGGACCCCCAGUACGGCACCUACUACGUUGACCACAUCAACCAGAAGACCCAGUUUGAGAAUCCAGUACAGGAAGCAAAGAGAAAGUUGAGCGUCGACACACCGACUGCCGUACUGCCGCCGGCAGCCACGCCCUCAGCAGAGGAGCCUGGGAGGGGAGUAAGGGGCUUCACACGAGAUCCGUCUCAGCUGCAGGGCUCCAUCCUGCAAACAGCACUCAGAAAAAGCCCCCAGGGCUUUGGGUUCACCAUCAUCGGAGGAGACCGACCCGACGAGUUCCUCCAGGUCAAAAACGUUCUUCCGGAUGGGCCUGCAGCGCAUGACAACAAGAUCGCCUCAGGUGAUGUGAUCGUGGACAUCAACGGGGCGUGCGUGUUGGGGAAGACUCACGCUGAUGUGGUGCAAAUGUUCCAGUCCAUCCCCAUCAACCAGUACGUGGACAUGGUCCUGUGUCGGGGCUACCCGCUGCCCGAGGACUCCAGCAGCAGUGAGGAGGCAUCAGGAGGCCUCUCCACCUCCAAGGACACUUCCCCGUCCCCCUCCACCUCCACGCCGCAGGAGCCCCACUACACACUCCCAGACGGAGGAACCCUCUCCAGACAGACUGCCGCAGUCCUGCCCAUGACCAACGGAGGACGUCACCACCACCAUCCUCACCAACACCACCACCACAUCCCUCACGUCCCCAACCAAGACGGCCCAGAUCCCACUCUGUUACAGCCGGAGCUGGUGAGCGUCCCCCUGGUGAAAGGUCCCGGAGGUUUCGGCUUCGCCAUCGCAGAUUGCCCCCUUGGUCAGAAGGUGAAGAUGAUCUUGGACGCUCAGUGGUGCCGCGGCCUGCUGAAAGGCGACGUCAUCAAGGAGAUCAACCGACAGAACGUCCAGACGCUGAGCCACUCCCAGGUGGUGGACAUCCUCAAAGACCUGCCAGUGGGCAGCGAGGUCAACGUGCUGGUGCUUAGAGGAGGUCAGACGUCUCCUGUGAAAUCGCUAAAACCAUGCACGGCUCCCAUAUCCCAGCCGACUCCUCAACAGGCUCCCCACCCCGCGCCCCAGCAGAUGCCCCACCCAAUCUCCCAGCCCAUCACACAGCCUCAGCGACAGGAGGUGAUCAACAGCACAGAGGCCCUCGGUCAGCCCGAGGUGGCCCCCAACCCGCUCCCUUACCACACCAACACGCUGCGCUCGUCUUCACCCAAACCGGACGCGUCUGAGCUCUACCUCAAGUCCAGGGCCUUGUUGGAAAGCAAGCCUCCAAAUACCAAGGACCUGGAUGUGUUCAUCAAAAGGAACCAGGAGUCGGGUUUUGGCUUCAGAGUCCUGGGAGGCGAGGGGCCAGAUCAGCCGGUGUACAUCGGCGCCAUCGUGCCGUUGGGUGCAGCCGAGAAGGACGGGCGCCUACGGGCAGGGGAUGAGCUGCUGUGUAUAGAUGGCGUGCCAGUUAAGGGCAAAUCCCACAAACAAGUGCUGGAGCUGAUGACCAACGCAGCCCGCAUGGGGCAAGUCAUGCUCACAGUGCGCAGGAAGCUGACACACGCAGAUGGUGAAGAGGAGGAAAGCAGUCAGCAGCCUCAGCAGGUAGCAUCCGUCCUGGUCAACAGCUCUCCCAAGAUGUCUCGUGGCGAGGCUCCAAACGCCGUCCAGCCAGCUCAGUCCUCUCGGCCAGAGUGCUUUGACGUCACUCUGCAGCGCAAAGACAACGAGGGCUUCGGCUUCGUCAUCCUCACAUCAAAGAACAAGCCCCCACCUGGAGUUAUACCUCACAAGAUUGGCCGCAUCAUCGAGGGCAGCCCUACAGACCGAAUAGGUCAGAUGAAGGUGGGAGACCGAAUCUCUGCUGUCAACGGCCGGUCCAUCAUGGAGCUGUCGCACAACGACAUCGUCCAGCUCAUCAAGGAAGCCGGCAACUCUGUCACUCUCACUGUUGUGCCUGAAGACGACAGCGCUCCUCCAUCUGGAACAAAUUCAGCCAAGCAGAGCCCUUCGGCACAACACAGAGCUAUGGGCCAACAGCCUCCCAGCUAUCCAGACAGAAAUGGUGACACUGAGAUGAGAAACUCUUUCCCACCAAGAGAGAUGGGAACACUCAUCACGUCAGGCUCCAAGCAGGGCUGUUUUGUGGUGGAACUGGACCGCAGCCAGCGGGGCUUUGGCUUCAGUCUGAGAGGAGGGAGAGAGUAUAAUAUGGGCCUGUUCAUCCUGCGACUGGCUGAGGACGGACCUGCUCUCAAAGACGGCCGGAUACAUGUUGGAGAUCAGAUUGUGGAGAUCAACGGCGAGGCCACCCAGGGCAUCACACACACUCGGGCAAUCGAAUUGAUCCAAGCAGGAGGCAGUAAAGUUCACCUGCUGCUUCGACCCGGCCAGGGCUUGGUCCCGGAUCACAGUUCAAAGGACAAAGUAACCAUUCCAACCUCAAGCUUCCCCAGACUUUCUGUAUCUGACGGGCAGUCAUCUCCGGCCUCUCCAUCCUCCGUCUCCCUCUCUACCUCGGAACUGUCCCCAUCUUCACCCAAAACAGUCGCCCCUGACGAGUUCUCUGGGGGGGAUCGCAGAGCAUCCGGGUCCCCUGGUGCUGGGCAGGAGCAUGGUAGGCAGGCUAACAGAUCCAGAGGACAGCAGCCCUCUCACCACAACCAUAAGCGUACCACCAGCCCCAGCACCCAGACCAGAAAAACAAGCAGGAGCGACUCCAAGUCUGCAAGCCCCAAGAGAGCCACUGAUGGCUGGGCGGAUCACGAGCGCUCUCAGAGCCCUAGAAAAACUGAGCGAGGCCACAGCGGAUCCCUGGAGGAUAUGAGAAAGGACAGAAAAGCCCAAGGGCAGAGAGACCACCACUCCUCUAGCCCCAGGAAGAGCUCCAAGAGAGAACAGGACCCAGCUGUGCCUUUGAAGAACCUGGAGGAGCCUCAGAGCCCCAGGCGUCCAGCUGGCCAACAGCCCAGCGUUGCCUCUGGAGAAGGGAAGGACUGGAGGUACAGGGAGGGGGAUGCAGCCUACUGGCAGGAGCGGGGGGCCACAGAGAGUGGAGACAAAGGCUCAGGGACUAGUGAACGCCAGAAGAAAAGCAAAAGGGCUGAGCAAGAGUUGCAAAAAUCCAACAGGGAGAGGGCAGGGUCGGAUGCUGAUAGCGGCACCCUGAGCCGGAGGAGUGGAAGAGAGAAGGGGGAUAAGGACAGCAAGUACCACGGUCCACCUGAAGAAGCGAACAAAAAGGACCCCAGAGGUUCAAGCAGUAGCAUCCAGGACCCCAGCUGCAACGGGAGCACUACCAGCAAGAAGGCUCCCAUCACCCCUGGUCCUUGGAAAGUCCCCAGUUCUGCCAAGAUCCAGUCCCAGGUGGAGACAUCAUACGCGGAUGUCUGAUAUCUUCCUCGGACUCCCUGCGUGUAUACAAAAAAGCUGAGCCUCUGAACGACAGACAUUCAGAACGGAAGGAUGUUUUUUAAAACUCUCGGACAAAGCAGAUCACUGUGUAAGCAGCAACAUAGCUUCUCAUUGCUUUUUUUGUUGUUGUUGUUGUUGUUUUUCACCCAGUUUGCCUCGUUCAGUUUGCAUCAAGCUGCUGAUGUCCAAUCUGACAUGCGUGCUAUAUUUGUUUUGUAGCGUGUGACAGGUUGAGUGUGAAGGUUUUCUUGAAUGCGAAGUUGUGCCAAUCAGACUCCGGUUAUAAAGAAGCUGCUCCGUUUUGCACUCACUGUGAGAUGAACUGCGCUCCCUGUCUACCCGCCUCGAUGAAGGAACCUGCUUUUUUUGUCACAUUGAAGGUUGAAGUUAUCCGUGCAGUCAUUCAGCUUCUCUUGCAAACAAGAUUGGUUCACUUUUGCUGUCAGUGAUAAAAAAAUCUCAAAAGUGAGGCUGGUGAGUUUGUGUUGAAUUCGGCAGCAAAGGGUGACAUCUUUGAAGUCAUUUACUGUCUGUUGUGAACUGUUUGGGUGAAUGUUUUUGUGCACAUGAGAAGACUCUUUUAUCACAUUAGCUUAUCAGAGGGUGGACAGACCACCCCGGAGCUUUAUAUGCAUCAAUCAGCAGACCAGAUACUUGUGGUUCUAAUGUUGUUACAUGUGUGUUAAUGAUAAAGCAUAAUGUAAUUUAUUGAAAUUCUAUGUAAACAAAAACUGUUAGUACACUUAUCCACGCUGAGUCAUUUCACAUUUAAUGUGGAUUUAACAAUAGGAACAGAAUGUGUAGACAAGCAUCACCAUCUCAAAUAAUUACACUAUGAAAUCUAUACAUUCUAUUUCUACGAUUUCACGCGAGCCUGAUUCAUAAUGUCGUCUACUGUUUGCAGCUCUGUAUUUUACGUCCUCUCUGGCUCUAUGUGUGUAUGUAUAAAAGCUGACAGGUAGGCCUGUGUAUUUUUAGAUAUCGCUGUAGCAUCGACUAUAAUCUGAAACAUAUAUUAUUUAACAAAGUGAUUACACAUAUAUUGACACAUAAUUUAGAUGAGUUGAAUUAACAGAGCUUGAUUGUAAGAAGUGAGAACUCUGCCUUUGACUUGUGAAGACAUAUUUGUAUUUUUAUCAUCACAAAGGUAGGCACAAAAACUCCUCAUUCUAACCUCCAAAGCUAUUUUUGAUCCAUUUUUUAUCCUCAACCCCGAUCCAAAAAGGUUGUGACACUGUGUGAAUUGUAAAAUAUAACAAAAUGCAAUGUUUUGCAAAUCCCUUUUGACCUACAUUCAAUUGAAUACAAGUCAAAAACAAGAUAUUUGAUGUUCAGACUGAUGAACUUAAUGUUUCUUUGUAAAUAUACUCUUAUUCUGAAUUUGAUGCCUGUAACACAUUCCAAAAAAGUUGGGAUUAGGGCAUGUUUACCUCCGUGUUACAUCAUAUUUUCUUUUAACAGCACUCAGUUUGGGAAAGGGACACUAAUUGCUGAACUUUUGAAAGUGAAACUCUUUCCAGUUCUUGCUUGAUCUACACCUUCAGUCGCUGAACAGUGCAGCUCUCCACUUCCGUACUUUGUGUUUCAUGAUGCACCAACCAUGUGCAAUAGGAGACAGCUCUGGUCUUUAGACAGUUCAGUCUCAUACCUGCAAUCUUUUACUACACAGCCACACUGUUAUAGCACGUGCAGAAUGCAGUUUGGUAAUUUUGCUGAAAUAAGCAGGAACGUCCCUGAAAAAGAUGUCUGGAUGGCAGCAUAUGUUGCUCCAAAACAUCUAUACUUAUAUGCUUUUAUGGUGUCUUAACAGAUGUGAAAAGAAGCCCUGUUUUGAUCCACCAGUGCUGUUCAUUUCAGAUCAGUUCGGUAUGCAUUUUUGUGGAUGUUAUCAAUGCACCGUUCCUUACUGUUCCUAUUUUUUUUGCACCACUCUGUUAGGAUCAGGGAAAUGGGAACAGUAAGUGUACUGAACUGAACCGGACUGCUUGGUGGAAAUGAGGCUUUACCCACGAUGUCAUGGAAACUCACAGACCCCCAUAUCAUCACAGAUGCUCAUGCACUGGCAACAGUCUGAAUGGUCCUUUUCCUUUUUACCCCCGAGGACACAACGGCUAUGAUUUUAAAUAAUAAUAAUAAUAAUAAUAAUUGAAAUGUGGACUAGUCAGACCACAGCACCCUUUUUCAUUUUAUGUCUUUUCUCAGUUUUUUUGCCCCUGUUCCAACUUUUUUGAAGCAUGUUGCAGGCAUCAAAUUCAGACUGAGUUUAUAUUCCUUAAAAAAAACAAACAAAGUUCAUCAGUUUGAACAUCAAAUUUCUUGUCUUUGCACUGUAUUCAACUGAGUAUAGGUCGAUUCAGAUUUGUAAAUCCUUGUAUUGUGUUUUUAUUUAUGUUUUGCUCAGUGUCCCAAGCUUUAUGGAACUCGGGGUUUGGUACAUGACCCGUGAUGUGAGGAGAAAAGUGUAAAUGUUUUCUUAAUCAUUCAUCAUUAACAACAUCAUGACUGUCACGUUUGUGUCAUAAAUAAACUCCCUAAGAAUGCAGUUAAUUUUCCACACAAGGAGGGAAAGUCAUCACAAUAUGAUUCCACAGAGUGCAAAUGUGAAAAUGACUGCUUCUAUGGGAGUCUUAUUUGAAAUUACUCUAUAAAGUCUAUCAGAUUUAAUAAAACAGGGAUUUAAAUCCCAGAUGGAAAAUAUAUAUUUUUAAUUUAUUGGGAUGAGUUGUGCCCUGCUCUGACGACUAAAUUUAAUGUUGUUUAAAUGUAGCUACUGUGGAGUACAGAGACAUCUAGUGGUUUAUUAGCUGCUUGACGCUUCCCCUCAUCAGCCUGUUAAACACAUGCAUCUCUUGGUCUGAGAGACCACUUACUAAUUUAUUGUCCACUUUAUUGUUGAUACGAUGGGCUACUGUAUUAUUUACUGUUCAUGCCAUUACCAUGUAUGAUACUGUGGCCUUGCAUUGCUCCAACACAUAUAUAAAAAGAAGGAAGUCUUUUAGUUUUGACAUCAUGGUAGUUGUAAAUGUUUAUAAAUUGUACAGCACCUGUAUAAAUCUUUGCCUUCAUGCAGACAGAAAAUCCUCUGUAAAUCGUUUCAUUAUUUUUUUAAGGGAGCCGAGAGGAAAUGAUAUAAAAUGGGUGAAAAAGAAAUAAUCUGGUCAUGGCAUUCUGUUCAUGCACUGAUAAAUAAAGGUUUACUGAAUAAAU